AUGCCUCCUCUCUGGCGGGCGCAUCUUGUCGGUUUCCACUGCGUUCACGCCCAGGCGAGACUUGUGCCCCGUAGUUCACUGUGGAUCGCUAUGCUGAGUACGGCAUUGUUCGAGCUCCCCGCUGAAGCCCAGGCAUGCCCUGGUACCCUCGCUUUUUUUUUGCCGAAACUGACCAGAACACCCCUCGACACCACCUCCCACCCUCCCCCAACUCACCAUGAAGCUCGUUGCACCGAAUUUCGCUGCGGUUGCGGCGCUUUCGCUAGCGGUUGUGCAUCAUGCCGAUGCGAUAGCUGGCCCGGCGCUGAAGGUGUUCUCCGACCAGGCUUGCAAAGUACAGCGACACUCGUUGGAUUCGAUGUGGAGAGUUCUUGCAGUGACUACCCCCUCGACACGUGCACCAUCGGAGACGGCUACAGAAAAUUAGCUGCUUGCACCGACAGUUAUAUCGACUUUGCGGACAGCGUGUUUAGCGAGUCGCCGUACCUCCUCUUGAGGCUGUACGACGAGGACACCACUUGCGGAACUGUCAGCUCGGUGGUCGCUGUCUUGGUUGACGACAAAUGCUACGCGAUCCCAGAAAGCUCGAGAGCUGUGAAGGGCUCCGUGAACUCCGACGGCUCGGCCACCUUCGCCAUGUAUCUCGACACGACCUGUACUACGCUGCACCCGGAAGCGUCGGGUACCACCUCAAGUGACCAGAUCAAUACAUACCUCGGCGGGGUGAAGCUGUACACCGGUGGAAAGUCGACCACCACAACGACCACAACGACGGGAGCGUCCGGAGCGUCGGCCUUGUUGGCGCCUUUCUUUGUGCAGUCAGCGGCGGUGGUCGCGGUGAUGGUGGCCGAUUAG